CAGAGGAAGAAAGAUUCUUUUCACCGUGAUCUCUGUUGUUUUAUCGUGAUGCGGUUUUAAUACAAACUGUUAGAAAUGUUGUUUCUGAAAAUAGAAAUAUACACUUUUGAGGAGUAAAAUCUGAAUUGAGAUCUGCUGCUGUAAAGAUGGUGUUUGUUAAAGAGGAGAGCGAGGAGUACACGACUGAACCAGAACCCUGGAGAAUAAAACAGGAGGAACCAGAACCAUUUAAAAUAACAUAUGAGGAACCAGAACCUUGGAGAAUAAAACAGGAGGAACAAGAAACCUGGAGAAUAAAGCAGGAGGAACCAGAACCCUGGAAAGUAAAACAGGAGGGACCAGGAGAGUUUAAUGAAGAAAGUGAGGAGAAUGAAGAAUUGAGUGAAGUUGAGGAGAAAAAUCCUUUUAAACAGAAAGAUUUAAAGAAAAGAAGAGCCAAGAAAUCUUUCACCUGCACUCAGUGUGGAAAGACUUUGAAAAGCAAAUAUAGUCUUGAUGUUCACAUGAGAGUUCAUACCGGAGAGAAGACGUUCACAUGUGACCAGUGCGGGAAGAGUUUCACACAAUCGUCAAGCCUUAGGAUGCACAUGAAGAUCCACACUGGAGAAAAACUGCACACAUGUGAUCAAUGCGGCAAAAUGUUUUUGAGGGUUUCAGACCUGAAGAAACACCUGAGAGUUCAUACAAAAGAGAAGCCACAUUCAUGUAAUUUGUGUGGAAAGAGUUUUUCACUGCUGCAACGUUUGAAAGUGCAUCAGAAAAUACAUACUGGUGUGAGAGAGUUUGUGUGCUGUGAGUGUGAAAAGACUUUUACUUCAGCAUACUAUUUCAAACUGCAUGAGAGGAUUCACUCUGGAGAAAAACCAUACAAGUGUUCACACUGUGACAAGAGAUUCAAUCGGUCAGGAAUCCUGAAAAAACACGAGAUGAUUCACACUGGAGAGAAACCAUAUAUGUGUUCACACUGCAACAAGAGAUUUAGUGAAUCAGGACAGCUGAAAAGACACGAGAGGAUCCACACUGGAGAGAAACCGUAUCUCUGCACUGCAUGUGGGAUGCAUUUCAAUCGUUUAUCUUCUCUACACAGACAUACAAAAAACAAGCACAAGCUGAUUGAAGCAAAAGAGGAGAAUGAAGAAUCAAGUCAAGCUGAGGAGAUAAAUCAUGUCAAAACUGAAGAAAGACCUUUGAGUUGCUCUCAAACCAAACAGAAAGAUGUAAAUGAAAGAAAAGCCAACCCAUCUUUCACCUGCACUCAGUGUGGAAAGAGUUACACACUCAAAACAAGUCUUGAGCGUCACAUGAGAAUUCAUACUGGAGAGAAGCCAUACGCUUGUGAUCAGUGCGGGAAAAGGUUCACACAAUCAGCAAACCUUAGGAAACACAUGAACAUCCACACCGGAGAAAAACCAUACAGGUGUUCACACUGCAACAAGAGAUACAGUCAAUCAUCACAUCUGAAAACACAUGAGAGGAUCCACACUGGAGAGAAACCUUAUAUGUGUUCACACUGCAACAAGAGAUUCAUUAAGUCAGGAGACCUGAAAAUACAUGAGAGGAUCCACACUGGAGAGAAACCUUAUGAGUGUUCACACUGUGACAAGAGAUUCAAUCGGUCAGCACAUCUGAGGAAACAUGAGAUGAUCCACACUGGAGAGAAACCAUACAAGUGUUCACACUGUGACAAGAGAUUCAUUAAGUCAGGGGACCUGAAAAUACAUGAGAGGAUCCACACUGGAGAGAAACCUUUUGAGUGUUCACACUGUGACAAGAAAUUCAAUCGGUCAACACAUCUGGAAACACACGAGAGGAUCCACACUGGAGAGAAACCUUAUAAAUGUUCACACUGUGACAAGAGAUUCAAUAAGUCAGGAGACCUGAAAUCACAUGAGAGGAUCCACACCGGGGAGAAACCUUAUAAGUGUCCACACUGUGACAAGAGAUUCAAUCGGCCAGCACAUCUGAAAACACACGAGAGGAUCCACACUGGAGAGAAACCUUAUAAAUGUUCACAAUGUGACAAGAGAUUCCAUAAGUCAGGAGCCCUGAAAACACAUGAAAUGAUCCACACUGGAGAAAAACCUCACAAGUGUUCACACUGUGACAAAAGAUUCAAUCGGUCAACAAAUCUGAAAAAACAUGAGAUGAUCCACACUGGAGAGAAACCUCACAAGUGUUCACACUGUGACAAGAGAUUCAAUAUGUCAGGAGACCUGAAAAUACAUGAGAGGAUCCACACUGGAGAGAAACCUUUUGAGUGUUCACACUGCAACAAGAGAUUCAAUUGGGCAGCACAUCUGAAAACACACGAGAGGAUCCACACUGGAGAGAAACCUUAUAAAUGUUCACACUGUGACAAGAUAUUCAAUAAGUCAGGAGACCUGAAAAUACAUGAGAGGAUCCACACUGGAGAGAAACCUUAUGAGUGUUCACACUGUGACAAGAAAUUCUAUCGGUCAGCACAUCUGAAAAAACAUGAGAGGAUCCACACUGGAGAGAAACCGUAUCACUGCACUGAAUGUGGGAUGCGUUUCAAUAGUUCAUCUAAUCUACAAAGGCAUACAAAAAAAUAUCACAAUGGAUCCAGCAUUUUGGGAGUCUUUUUUUUUAACCGGGUCCCAAAGUGAUGCAUCUGAAAAUGACACAUUUGCAAUUUUGUGCAUACAGCCAAUCCAUAUAUUUUGGAAAAUAAUGAUGUCAUCAACCCACGUUGCAACCCCAGUCAGACACCGCUACAUCACAUAACAGCAAAAACAAUGGUGGACUACAUGCUUGUGUUUGUGCUGCAGAAGCUAUUAAAACCCAUUAGCAUUUCUAAAAGCCUACUAGCUUUUCUUAUUGUUAUGUUGGGUUUGUACACAGUGCACAAGGUUUAUGCUCAUGCUCUAAGCCUCUGUUUUUAGUGUAUCUUUGUGGACGAAUUACAGUGCCACAUACUGGUCUGGCAUGUAUAUGUAUAACUAUUCCUACUUGUAAGUCAGAUCAUUUCAUGAGUUUUUACUUUUACUUUCAGUAAUUAAUGUUAACUUUUUCUUUGAGUAAUUAUUAAAUAUUAUCUUUUAAUUAAUACAUUAUCUUUACUUUUUAUAACUUAUCAACAACAUUUAUGGUCUGCUGGUUGUAUUUGCAUAAGAAAAAAAAAACAAAGUAAUUUUAUCAUUUAAAUUUUAAUCGUUGAAAAGCCAUGAUGUUUUGGGCUUUGUUUUAUAUGUCUAAAUAAAGCUUUUAAAUCAAAUUGAACUAAAAGCCUUUAUUGUUAUUCUGCAUACAAUGAAAUUGCACUGCUCCUGA